AUGGAACUUGGCCGAGUAACUUUGUAUGUUGCUGAAUUACAACGUGCUAACCUAGACACUGUUGUGGAAUGGCUCCAUUCUCCAACCAGUUCAAGCCAUAUACAUACAUUCAAGUUUGUAUUUUGGGCAUUUGGACCGGCAAUUAGGGCAUUCCAACGUUGUAUUCCGGUGAUCUUUGUCGAUGGCACUCAUUUGAAAGGCAGCUACAAGGGUAAGUUGCUAACUGUAGUGACGAAGAACGCCAAUGGACAACUAUUGCAGGUCGCUUUUGGCUUGGUUGAUGAAGAGUCUAAUGAAAGUUGGGCAUGGUUUCUAAAUCUCUUUGAAGAGCAUGUCGGAUCGCAGCGGCAGGGUGAUUUGUGUAUCAUUUCAGACCGUCACCAAGGCAUUCUUAAUGCAGUGAACCAAAUUCAGGAGUGGCAUCAUCGGUAUUGUUUGAGGCACGUUUGUAGCAACGUGAACUCGCACUUCAAGAACAAGAGAAUCAAAAAUCUGGCUUGGGUUAUCGGUUCCACGUCCCAAUCAUCCAAGUAUACUUGGGCGAUUAAUCAAGUCAAAGGUGAAGAUGAUGCUGUUUGGCCGUAUCUGAGAAACAUUGGUUUGGAUAAGUGGACUCUAAGGCAUGACUCGGGCCUUCGUCGUUGGGCUAACUUAACGACAAACAUUGUCGAGUUCCAAAACAAUAUCCUUGGUAAGGCUCGAAUGCUACCUAUUAGAGCUUUAAUUGAGAGCACUUUUACUUGGACAAGAGACCAUUUUGUCAGCCAAUACCGGAAGGCCAGUAGUUGGAAGCCACCACUAUCACGCAAAAUGUGGGAGGUUUAUCAGAUGCGUGAAAGAGCCGCAAUAAGCCAUAGGGUGGAAGUGUUUGAUGAACGAACAGGAAAUUACACGGUUCGAACAAACCAGAGAAAUGCACAAGGCGAAUAUAGACAAGAGAGAGCUGCUAAUCUUCUAAGUAAGAGGUACACAACUAGGAGUUGGAUAAAUAAGUAUAAUGCCGCACUUGCUCCCCUCCGAGAGGUGAAUUACUGGGCGCAGGUAGAUUGGCAGAUCCAGGGAGACCCAGAAAAACUGGUCACGCAAAGGGGUAGGAGACGCACCAGACGGUACCAGAACGAGAUGGAUGAGAGUUCUACCAGCAGAUCUUCAAGCUCAAGACAACAAGCUAGAUGUGGUGUUUGUGGUCAUUUGGGCCAUAACAGGAAGACAUGCCCUGACCUUUGA